CGACUGCGACGACGUAGGAGAAAUGUCAUUAAAAGUACCAAAAGCAAACAAUGUACAGCUAUUCAAGGAAGGGUAUAAGCACCUUCAAGGGUUAGAAGACGCAGUGCUGCGUAACAUCCAAGCCGUCGCUGAGCUUUCUGAUCUCGUACGGACGAGUUUUGGUCCUAAUGGCCGGAAUAAACUCAUCGUCAACCAUUUGGGCAAAUUAUUCGUCACAUCCGAUGCUGCGACAAUCAUCCGAGAAAUCGAGGUCGUUCACCCCGCUGCUAAGCUUCUCGUUAUGGCAUCUGAAGCACAGGAGACGGAGAUGGGUGACGCAACCAACCUCGUCUUAAUUCUCGCCGGUGAACUACUAAAAGUAGCAGAACAUCUGUUAGUCAUGGGGUUGCAUCCAAGUGAAGUGACAGUGGGAUAUGAGCUUGCAGGAAAGAAGGCUCUUGAAGAACUUGAAACCUUAUCCACUUCUUCCUUACCCUCACCAUUAACACACGCCGCACUUACAAACGCUCUCAAGCCUGCAAUUGCUUCAAAACAGUAUGGCUCAGAAGAUACCCUGGCAUCCCUGGUUGCGGAAGCUGCGCUUGUCGUGAUGCCGCAGAACCCGAAAAACUUCAACGUUGACAACGUACGUGUUGUAAAAAUCAUGGGAGGCAGUUUAGUGGGCAGCAAAGUCGUACGCGGGAUGGUGUUCAAUCGUGAACCAGAAGGUUCUAUCAAACGCGUGACGAAAGGGAAAGUCGCGGUAUUCACAUCUGGGCUCGAUAUCGCACAGACGGAGACGAAAGGGACAGUGUUAUUGCACAAUGCGGAGGAGAUGCUGAACUUCACGAGUGGGGAAGAGAAACACAUGGAAAAGGUCUUCAAAGAGAUCGCAGACUCCGGUGUCAAGGUCAUCAUCGCAGGGUCAACCGUCGGCGAACUCGCAAUGCACUUCCUCGACCGUCUAGGUAUCGCCGUUCUCAAAGUUCUCAGCAAAUUCGACCUUCGAAGACUCUGCCGCGUCGUCAACGCAACCCCUCUUGCUCGUAUGGGCCCGCCAACGCCUGAAGAGGCUGGAUUUGUUGACGUGUUCGAGGUGACGGAGAUCGGUGGAGAUCGCGUAACCGUACUCCGACAAGAAACUGAUGAACAUGGAGGUGGGGAGAAAACGCGUACAGCGACGAUUGUUCUACGCGGCGCGACGCAGAAUGCUCUGGAUGAUCUGGAACGAGCAGUCGACGAUGGUGUCUCCGUUCUCAAAUCCCUACUUCGUGACCCACGCCUCGUACCCGGUGCCGGCGCAACCGAACUAGAACUCGCACGACGUGUAGAGGCAUACGGUUCCUCGCUCACCUCGCUCAGUCAACAUGCAGCAAAACGCUACGCAUCCGCGCUCGAAGUCAUCCCACGCACAUUGGCUGAGAACGCUCGUGGUGGAGCGGAAGGGAACGAAGUCAUCAGUGCGUUAUGGGCGAGACAUCAAGAAGGUGGAGCGACUUUCGGUGUGAACAUUGAUGCCGAGGAUGAAGAUGGUAUUUUGGAUGCUCAGGCUGCUGGGAUCGUCGACUCCCUCGCUGCGAAGAGUUGGGCUAUUCGCCUUGCCACGGAGGCUGCUGUGUCCGUGCUUUCUGUCGACAGCAUCAUUAUGAGCAAACCUGCUGGUGGGCCGAAAAUACCGCAGCAAGCCGGUAAUUGGGAUGAGGAUUAGUUGAUGACGUUAUUUCCAUCUAGUAGAAGUACUAAAAUAUUCGAGACAGAUGUAUGUGCAGAUAGAUUAUAUUCCAACACGAUGGAUCAAAGCAAAGCAAACACAACAAGCUGCAAACGUCUAUUUAAUACAGAAGAAACGUACAUGAACACACAUGUUCCGCAGUGCUAGUCCAAGAACCAAUAAAAUAAAGAAAAGUCUAGAUCAGUACAUGACAACAAAUUUCAUCAACGGACCUAAGAGAAGUCUACCAGCCAGACCUCUCCAAACGAGGUCGCAAUCCCCACAACUCCUCGUACAUCAUCCAAAUCAAACGUAUAUGCGCUCUCUAGCGAGACGUUUCCGGGUAAAUGGAGCGUAGCUACUCGUCCACGUGCAACCUCAAGUUCGGGGUGUAUCGGCACUCCACUAAACGUCUUCCUAUAUUUUGCAGCUUCUUCACUCGGCAACGUAUCGUUGAAUACUGGCUCAAACGAUGGGAACGUUGCAACACGCAGGACGGGUGCACGUCCAUUCGGUCUAUACUUUUUCGGGUGCUCUUCCACCCACAUCGCACAACGUCCGCCGUAGCCCAUGACAGGACUUCCGCCAAAUGGAUCCUGAACAAAUUCCUCAAGCGCUUGAGCUGCAUCUGCAGUGAGAUCAACUAUGUCCACUCCGCCAAAUUGGCCUGGGGCGUGAGGUGCGUUCAUAUGCAUGUGAAGUGGUAUACCGUCGACACCGCCGUGAAGUUCUCCGAGCUCCAAUCCUAGUCCGAAGUUCGCAAGACCAUUCUCGAGUGCUUCGAGCUGGUCGUAAAAGUUCGCUCCUUGGUCACCCCAGGCCGCAGCGUUAUUCUGUUCGAGCUGUCCUUGCUCCUGGUCGUGUUCGUGUUCGUGUUCGGGCGCAUGUUCAUCAAUAUGCUCGUGUCCGUGGCUCUCGUCAGCAUUCCCGUUAGUAUUCUCGUUAGUAUGAGCGAACAAUCCAUUCUCUUCAUUCUCCGCCGCAAAAUCUUCAUCAUCCUCCGCACCGAAGUCAUAGACGCCUAAAGCCUCCAGUUGGACAGCACCAGCACCAUCAUCUUCAAAACCAUCAUCUUCUUCAUCUUCCUCAUCUUCCUCGUCUUCCUCGUCUCCUCCAAUAUGCUGGAUACCGAAGCCCUCGAGCUCUACGUCUCCCUCAAAUUCCACUUCAUCCUCCUCAUCAUUGACUCCAUCACCCAUAACGAACGGAUUCAGAUGAUGUCGAGGUAUUCGAAGGUUCUGUGGUCGGCGCAAUGGAGCUUCGGCAAGCACAGUUCGAAUUAUUUCAGGCUGGCCUGACCCAGAGCUUGCACCCACAUAGUCAAAAUAGUGAUGCGUGAUAGUCGUCCGAGGAAGAUUCGAAGAUCUUGAGAAGUAGAAAUCUUCAGGAUCGAUGACUGGAAAGCCAUUUUGAUUGCCCUCAGCAAGUGCUUGGCCUUCAUUUCCGGCAGGUCCAGACCCAUCACCCUCACCACCUUCAUGGAAAUGCUGGUGCACGUUUAAUAAAUCGUGGUUGUGACCAUUGAUGUAGAGUGCCAAUGCCUGAGCUGAUGUUGGCACCGCCGUCGCAUUCGGCCGACGAGAAAACGUAAGCACCGAGCGUGUCCGAUGCCUUCGUAGAUCUUCCCGCAAUGUAUGCCACUUCGGAAUGAUCACAGGGUAUGCGUCGCGGUUCCUUGACAGAUCCGUACUCGGUGAAGGGUUUUCUAUGUGGUUACCGCAUCUACUACACAUGUGCAUUGCUCCAGAGGAUGUGCUGGGUCCUGCGAGUGGAGCAGAUACGGUACGGAAGGGAAUGACUCGCACGUCUGACGGUGUCAAAGGGACGGGUGUUCGAAGUGAUGAUUCGACAUCAUCACUUCCCUCUCUGGCAAGUAUUGAUCGUAAAACAUCCAUUUCGUACGUCACAGCAUGUGCAGCGGUCAGCGUCUCCCAGUACAGGACCAUAUGCGUGGAUGACAGCAACGCCUGAGGGACGCAAUCAAGAACCAGGUUUAGGCUAGUAUCGAUGCAAACAGCCCUUUUGGUAUUCUUAUCCGAAAGGUAUAUUCCAACUCGCUCUCGUGACAUGUGUGAUAUGCCAACAAGACUUCCACAAAGUUCGUCUUGAGUCAUCGCCGAAAAUGGUUCGUAGACGCGUGGGAUCUUAAAAGAAUUGACUUGUUCAAACUUUGCGUGCGUGUCAGAAUAUAUUAGUAGGAUUAUCUCGCAAUGAGUCGAGCCAGAAUGCCUAGAAUGUUGCAUUUCGAUCAUUAUCUCCACAGCCUGCUCGCGCCGGCCUUUAAAGUCAUAGCUACUCUCUGAUUCAUCGCAAGGCUUCCAUCGCGUCAGCUUUGCGCCAUGAUUGACGCGCCACGUUUGCAGAAGUUGUCCCUCCGCGGUCCAGCAGCUUAGAACAUUGUGCAAGUCGUAAACCAUCAAGUGGCGAGAACCCGGAAGAAACGUGAAAUAAGUGACAAUGCGUUUAUCUGGGAAGCUGAUCUUAACAGGCUGCUUGCGGGAGUGAAUUUGCGGCUCUGCCCAUCGUUUCGCGAUACGUUCGGCUCGUAGGCAUGCCUCGAUUAGUCGUUCUAUGGGAACGUCCAGGGCUUGCGUGGCAGUGAACGGAAGAGGUCGCGAGAGAGACACGCUCUCUGCGACCUGCAUCCACACCGCCCUCUCAUACUGGAGGGCGUUCAAGGUAUGGCAAGUCCUACUCAGGGCAAUAACAUCAUAAGGCAGAAGAAAGGCGGCAACUAGACGAAUAGCGUCAUACGGGAGGUCUGUUAGUGAGUACAUUUGGUUGGUUU